AUGGCACUGCGAGUUCCCCGACCCCAUCUCCUGUUUGUCAUCGCCGCCGUCGCCAUGGCACUGGCCACCGCCAUGAUCUCUUCUCCACAGCUCCGGUACUGCCCCUCUCCUCGAGGUAGGCAUCGUCGGCGUGGACGCCACAGCCCCGCAGCGGCUACCGUGGCCGCCUCGGCGACGCCGCGGUCGGAGGAGAACAUCGUCAUCGUCGGCGCAGGCGUCGCGGGGCUAGCCACGGCGGUCGCCCUGCGCCGGCUGGGAGUGGGCGCCGCCGUGCUGGAGCAGGGCGACGCCCUGCGCGCGGGCGGCACGUCCCUGACGCUGUUCAAUAACGGGUGGCGCGUGCUGGACGCCAUCGGCGUCGCCGACGAGCUCCGGUCAAAGUACCUCCGCAUCCAGGGGAUGAGGAUGCGAUCGCCGGCGGCGGGCGGGCGGGACCUGCGCGAGUUCUCCUUCGAGGAAGAAGCUCCCGGACAGGAGGUGCGCGCGGUGGAGAGAAGAGUGCUUCUCGAGAUGCUUGCUUCUAAGCUGCCACCAAGCGCCAUAUCGUUCUCAUCGAAGCUGAAAUCGAUUUCAGAGCAAGGGCGUGCAGGCACCCUGCUCGAACUGGAGGACGGGAGGCAAAUUCUCUCCAAGAUUGUGAUCGGCUGCGACGGAGUGAACUCGCCCAUCGCGAGGUGGAUGGGCUUCUCGGAGCCCCGGUACGUCGGGCACAUGGCGUUCCGGGGCCUCGCGGAGUACGCCGACGGCCAGCCGUUCGAGCCCAAGGUGAACUACAUCUACGGCCGAGGCGUCCGUGCCGGUUUUGUCCCCGUCUCCCCAACCAAAGUCUACUGGUUCAUCUGCUUCAACAGGCCAGAUCCAGGGCCUAAGAUCACCAACCCCGCGGCGCUCAAGAGCGAGGCGCUGGAGCUCGUCCGCGGCUGGCCAUCGGACCUCCUGGCGGUGAUGCGCAGCACGCCCGAGGGCGCCGUGGUGAGGACGCCGCUGGUGGACCGGUGGCUGUGGCCCGGGCUGGCCCCGGCCGCGUCGAGGGGCGGCCGGGUGGUGCUGGCCGGCGACGCGUGGCACCCCAUGACGCCCAACCUCGGCCAGGGCGCCUGCUGCGCGCUCGAGGACGCCGUCGUCCUGGCUCGCCGCCUCGCCGACGCCGGCGGUGCCGGCGCGGACGGAGCCCAGGCCCAGGCUGCCAUGCGCGCGUACGAGGCGGAGCGGUGGGCGCGCGUGUUCCCGCUCACGGCGCGCGCGGGGCUGGUGGGCGCGCUCGUGCAGUGGGAGAACGCGGCGGUGUGCGCGGCCCGCGACGGCGUGGUCAUCCCGAGGCUCGUCAGGCUGGGUCCGUUCCUCGAGCACACCAAUUUCGAGUGCGACCUGCUCGAGCCGGCGCCGCAGUCGACAUGA